CUCUCCUUCUCACUUCUUCCUACUCUACCAUCAACACCACUCCAUCCACACGACAACCUCCUCAUCUCUUAUCAUCACUACCCCUCCAUCGUUACGACAACUCUUUUAUCUCUCACCAUGACCAUCCUUUAGUUGUCAAAAUCCUCCAUCUCGCUACAACCACCGCUCCUAGAAAGUACGGCCACCACUAUCAUCCCCACCUACACACCGCCAGCCGGUCAUUACCAUUCCACACCCGCCCCCAAACCAUUUCCUCCCCACUACAACAGCACGGCGCUCGAGGCCAUCGCCAACUAUGUGCCCUCGUCAUGUCGGCCCUCCUCGCCCUACUCGCCGCCAUUUUGGCGAUCUUAAACGGCACCCACUUCUAAUGCGGCGGUUCCAGCCACUACUCCCCCGCCAUUUUGGCGGUCGAAGCCGACGUCGGCACUUCGCAAAAUGCGCUGGCCCGCUCCCCACCAGUUUAGCGGUCGAGGAAAACGCCCGAUGUUCGACAAUGCGGCGGCUCCUGCAAUGGUGGUGCUCGAUGCUAGUUUGGCUGUCGAGAACGACGACUACACUGCCGAAAAUGCGGCG